AUGACGGUCGUGCAUGAGCGUGCUGCAACAACAGCAACAGGAUUAUCUUCAACCGCAUUGGCAGCUAUCUUGACUGGCGUUGGAAUCGUGUUAUUAGGUCUCCUAAUUGGCCUUGUGGUCCUCCUCAUACGAGCAGUGCGCAAUCACAAACGUCUACUUGCAGAUCUUGAAGAAAGAGGAGUUGUACUUGCACAAGCCCAAGCUACGCAAGAGGGCUCCAAACGAAUUUCGAUCACGAAGCCUCGGACUGUGCUCAGGCGCAAUACAAUCCUUCCCUUCAACAAGCAAACAGGUUGGGGGUCCUUGCCCUCUGUCGAAACCAUCAAUCCUGUUGAUCAGGCCUCAAAACCGGCCCAUUAUGCUCCUCCGAAACCCGCCAGUCUCUCAACUAAGUCAGGUCGUCUUGCAUGGCCGUUCUCGCCUCGACGUUCAAGCAGCAAAGCAAUUCAUCUAAGGAAGAUUCGAGCACCAAUUCUCUCAACUGUUAUAGAAAGCCCCAAGCCAUCGCCUUUGGUGCCUGUCCUCAGUGGCCCUCAACUCGGAGAUAGACUUCUUCCAUCGAAGGGCAUAGGUCGUCCAUCUUCUGAUCAAUCGCUACUUCAGCAUCAUCCUGCGUUCCGUACUCAUCAGCAGGAUGGUGCUGCAGACAAUGACCCUUCGGCACGGCCAGACCUACUUCGACGAAGCCUGACAUCUAAUGCUGUCACUAAAGUAGAGUCACGCGUCCGUCCACUUCGAUCAAAUUCGGUAGCCGAGAUACCUUUGAGCGCAAAGAAUGAGAACGCACGCCGGAUGUAUGAAAGGAGAUCUCAUGUCCGAUCCGCCAGUAUGUGCAGCCAGACUUCGGGUAAAGCACCCGAUGUGCCCAUGCCACCGCUUCCUUUGGGUGUCGCUCGUAUAAAAGGCGAAUCCAAGCAACGCAGCCAACUCAGCAGAAGUCCGUCUCGAAUGUCAGUUUCCAGCUUCGAGUCCGGUAAUAGUUCCAUCCUCGCAAGCCAAUCGAGCCCCAUCCUGCCUCGACCCGACCAGGUAGAGAUGUACAAAGUAACGAGGCGUGAGUGGAGGCACUCAAUGAUCGUUGGACCCAGACCCUCGCGAGAUAGUGUCACUCUAUAUGGCAUAAAUCAUCAAUCACAAAGCUCGAUCAAAAGCAGUUCGGGCCACUUGAGCGUUGGUAGCCCUGCUACGGUGCGCCGAUCACGUCGCGACAGCAGAAAUACAGCGCUAACGGGUUCCCACAGCUUACAGUCGGUCUAUCAUAGAUCAUCAAAUGGUCUGGCUGUGGGCGGUACCUCCUCUCCAAUGUACAGCCCUUACGCAACUCGAUGCUCGAGCACACCACGCCGGAGAUCAGGCACUUAUGUAACAUCAUCGGGCUCACCCGAGGAGCGACAACCGUCAGCUCUGCGAGAAGCCUUUGCGAACAAUGGGGCCCUCAAACGUCAGAUUUCACAAGCAUCUACACAGGCAUCAUCAACAAGAAGUAGUAAUGGCAAUCCUUUUCAAUGGGACCCUGCUCCCCUGGCAGCGGCCAAACCUUCCGCACUCAAAGGCAGCCCUAGUGCGCGUAAGGGUCAUCGCAGAAAGAACUGCGUACGCAUAUCUCUUGACCCAACCAUCCUAGGCCCUCAGAGCAGAUCUCCAAGUCCUUCUGCUAUGAAUGAUAUCCAAGAGGAAUCGCCAAACGGCACCAGUCUCGAACGAUCCGAGAUUGGACUAGGUUUCUCCAGCACGAGGUCGCUCCCAAGACCUCCCAGCACAUCUAUAUUCGCACCCGACCUUAAGUUCACAGCGACAUCGAUCCGCGCCUCGCUGACACCAAGUUCUCCAAGCUUAUCAAUGGCAAGUUAUGAUCAUGGCCCCAUUGGAACUCCAAGAUCCGGUCAUCAAAGUCCCGCGUCGCCCGAGAAUACUACACAUGGGAAGAACAGGCUCAGCAAUGGAUCCAUGUUUAGUAUACCUAGUUUUCCGAGUCCGUGUCAUGGCAUUGGGCCAAUACAUACAUUAACAUCGCCUCCACCAGUCUUUGCUUUGAGCAGACCUUCUGAUGAAUACGACCAUAUCGGAAUGGACUCUCCUAUCAUUCCGUCCUCACCAGCAUCGUUGUACCUUCCAGCAUCUUCCGAAAGACACUUGUUAUAUGAUCCUAAUACUUCGGGAACAACCAAUACUGCUCAUUCUGGAUUGUCAAAACCUUUCUCCAUCGUACCGGAUCAGUCCUCUUCCGCCUCAAAACGUGUUGUGGAUUCCCAUGAGGGCAAAUCAAGAGACUCUCCACCUUGUUCCCCUAAGACCGAGCGUUCGAAUCCAUUCCUCUCGUCUUAUCAUGCUGAUGAGGCAACCUAUGCUGCUUUUGGGAGUUCCCAGAUGGGAGUGGGAACGGUAGAUACCAUCGACCCAGCCGUUCUCACCCAGGAUCCUUUCACUACACUUAACAGCACCCCCAACGCCAUUUCUACUGAUAUAACCUCUACUAAGGUACCAGAUCGUGCAAUUACUGGACCAAACUCUGCCAAACCCACGGUCGAAGUCAUGCCAGAACCAACAUCUUCCUCCGAAACUUUUAGCUCAUAUGCCGAGCAGACCUCCAACAACUGGUUCCUCCAGGGACCCGAUGAGCAUAAAUUGGUGGGAAACACAACGCAAGUCGAUGUUGCCCCAACCUCAAACCAUGUUCAGUUCUUCUUUGAGGAUCCUUCUGGGGACUCCCUGAUGCCCCCUUGCUCUCCCCGCCCUGGGCACAAGCAGCUUCCUGCGGCUGGCCUAAACUUCGCAGACAUUCCAACAUUAACCCCAACACCAAAUGGACCUCGUCGUUCUCCUCCACGUCCACUACGAUCGUCCAUUCAGAAACUGCGCCGCAUGAACUCAGAUGCGGGUAAGGAUGGUGCAGCCAAGAGUGGUCGUGGAGAGCGAAGGUACCUCAGGCUUGGACGAGAAGAUUCCAUUGCUGUGCCUGGAGAAGAGAGUUGGCUUGACGAUCUCGAUGACGGCGACGAAGACGAAGGAACUACUCUAACGGAAGAAAAGCAGAGACAUCUGGUUGGCGACCUUCUCGAUGACUGGGACGAAGGGGAAUCGAUGCUAAAGCAAGAGGACGAGUCCUCCAGACCCUCUAAACCAAUCAUCACACAGCAUGAUCAAUCAACGAAGACUGGAAAUCCCCAGGUCACGCCAGAGUCCUCGCCAGAGAGAACACCAGAUGACAGAGGCUCUAGUAUCUGGGAAGAUGGCGAGAAAUUCUGGAUCUCAACUCCACCACAGAAGAGUCCUCCCAACUCUCCUAACAAGCCCCGGAACAACUACAUUCCCUUGUCAUCUUCCCCUCUUGCCACACCAAUCUAUUCCUCGGCCAAGUCUAGGAAACGUGACUUCGAAGUUGCUAAAGACGAUCCGCACUCCGGAUGCGAGAAUACUCAGGACAUGAUUGGAGAUUCUCCUAUGGAUCGGAAGCUGGCUGGGACGAGGUACAGAAAGCGUAAUGUGUUGGGCGUGAGCACACCAAAUGUAAGGAUACAGGUGCAACCACCUACGAGUGGGGCGACUACCGGUACGCCAGGUAGUUUGUAUGAUACGGACGGUUUUCUAAGAGCGUGA